AACCCACGGUGAGACCGACAGAACCGACAUUUACCGUGCAGCCUGGAUAUGUGUGCGAGGAGGAUGGAUUGUUUCCGUACGAACCGAGUUGCCAUUAUUAUUAUCAGUGUGCAAAUACGAUCCCGUAUUUGAGACCGUGUUCUGCAAACCUCAUUUUCGACCCGAAGAAGAAGCGUUGCGUGACAGUCGCCGAGGCCGACUUGGAAUCGUUGACUUGCGAGCUGAACCCGACGCUUGACAGGAUAUCGUCAAGACUUUUGAUUGCGCUGAAAAAGAGCUUCGUCAGAGGUGUCAGAAUUCGGCCGGAAAUUCGCAAGCCAUCUUCCGAAACAUCACGAAUUGCAGCGAAUCACGCAGGUCCUCAAACGCCGAAAAGGAAUCAUUG